AAGAUUGAUUGGUAAAUCAAGUUGAGGAUUUUGUAAACCCAAGGUGUAAGAUUGAAUCUUGCUUCUCUCCUUCACAAAAUUUAGGUCAUAUGUAUGUAAACGCCCUUGAAUAAAAUAUUGAAAAUAAAACUGACAUGUGACAGACUGACUAAUUCAUUACUUCAUAUCAUUCAUGUGUCAUUUUUUUUUUGUAACUAUAGUUUUCAAAAAAAGACUGCGGAACACGAAAUCCAAGUAUUUCAAAACUCCCUACUUGCCAACGGUCCUACGCAAGAUGCCAAGAAUCGUGUUCGAGCAUCUUCCUUCCCCGUUUCCUCGAUCUCCGCUUACAAUCUCUCCUAACACGCUCCUCCUUGCCCGAUCCCGCCAGAAGCCCGUUUUCUUCCUUCCCCUUUUCCUCAAACCCUAGAAAUCACCCUACGUACAAGCGCCGCCCCAAUGUCUCCCUCGGAAAGCUCUCGCCAAUCUCUCCUUCCCAGUUUCCUCUAUUCGACGUCGUUUGGACACGCGAGGCUUCUCACCGGGACCCCAAGCUUUCCGGAUGCGAGCCCUCCACCGGCGCCGUCUUCUUCUCCGGCGCCGUUCAUGAUCCAGGCUCCGAGGGAACCCGGUCAGAUCCAGAUGUAUUCGACGGCGUAUUACGCUGCGUGCACCCUUGGAGGCAUCCUCAGCUGCGGAAUCACCCACCCGGCUGUUACUCCUCUUGAUGUUCUCAAAUGCAAUAUGCAGAUAGAUUCAGCAAAAUACAAAAGCAUCUCCUCAGGCUUUGGCGUUCUCCUUAAAGAGCAAGGUGUGAAAGGUUUCUUCAAGGGUUGGGCACCGACCCUGCUUGGUUACAGUGCUCAGGGUGCCUGCAAGUAUGGGUUUUACGAGUUCUUUAAGAAAUACUACUCCGACAUCGCCGGACCUGAGUACGCCACCAAGUAUAAGACCUUGAUCUAUCUUGCUGGAUCUGCUUCUGCUGAGUUUAUUGCUGAUGUUGCACUUUGUCCAAUGGAGGCUGUGAAGGUUAGGCUUCAGACUCAGCCGGGCUUUGCAAUAGGAUUAAGGGAUGGGUUGCCCAAGUUUGUGAAAGCUGAAGGGGCUGUUGGGUUGUACAAGGGAUUGGUUCCACUCUGGGGUCGCCAAAUUCCCUAUACGAUGAUGAAAUUUGCGUCCUUCGAGACCAUAGUCGAGAUGAUGUACAAAUAUGCGAUCCCUACGCCGAAGGACCAAUGCAGCAAACCUUUUCAGCUCGGAGUGAGCUUUGCCGGCGGUUAUGCUGCUGGAAUCUUGUGCGCUGCCAUUUCACACCCGGCGGACAAUUUGGUAUCCUUCCUCAACAAUGCCAAGGGAGCUACAGUUGGUGAUGCUUUUAAACAGCUAGGUGUAUGGGGUCUGUUCACUCGCGGUCUUCCUCUGCGCAUAGUCAUGAUUGGAACGUUAACUGGAGCGCAGUGGGUAAUCUAUGAUUCUGUCAAAGUGUUUUUUAAUCUGCCAACAACUGGAGGACCAGCUCCGGCAACAUCCUCUAAAUGAACUUCAGCUGCUGCUGCUUUUUCAGGCAUGGAAUUCUUCUGACAGAUUUUUUUUUUACAACAUAUUAGAAUCAGAAAAUGCAAUCUAUGUUGAUUAUUUUCAACAUCAAACUAUUAUGUUUUUCAUAUAUAUAUUUUUUUUCUUUUCAUGUUUGUAUGGUUGGUUUUUCAUCAUCCUUUGGGUGUGAAUAGAAAUAAAGUUGUUGAGUGAGGUUUUAUUGCAAUAAAAGAAAGGUGUUCUAUCAUUCCAUGUAAUUGAAAGACGAGUGAAUGGAGUUUUUUGUAGUAGUUUAUUUUACAUUGAUCUAAGUAUCCAUUUAUGUU